AUGCUCUGGCCAUUCGCACGCCGUGGUCACACGAACAUUAUCAUCGUGCGGACAUGGAUGCUGUGGAAACACGGACAUUAUCAUCGUGCGGACAUGGAUGCUCUGGUAACACGGACGUUAUCAUCGUGCGGACAUGGAUGCUCUGGUAACACGGACGUUAUCAUCGUGCGGACAUGGAUGCUCUGGCCAGAAACACGGCAAAUAACGAUGUAUUUGGAUGCUCUGGCCAUUGGCACGCAGCGAAGCCAGGUUGCCGGCAAUCCUUUUGCCGAGACGCCGGCGAGCGCCAUGGUGCUGGCCUUGGUGUGUCACUGGCGUCUGGAAGUCGUGGACGACGUUCCAGUCACGGAGGAGCAUCUGCAGCAGGCCAAAGAGAUGAAUCAGCAGCGCGUCCUCGAGGUCCUUUCCUACUCUGCGGACUGCAGGUGCACCAGGCAGGGCCUGGCUGGUUCCACCACGCCGUGGCACAUCUACCGUCCGUUAUGUCUCACCAAGUGCAAAGAAGUGGAGGUGGCCAUGUCUGCACAGUCGCUCUUAGAGUCCUUGGCCGUGGGACCCGCCGAUCUGCCCGCGGCUCUGCAGCCGCUGCUGAGCGUGAGCCUGUCGGAGGUGUGCGCCGCAUACCAGCGUUUCGGCGGUGAAGACUCGGUCUGCGUGGAGGACAUCUGCGAUCAGCUCCCCCUGGAUGCGCGGGCGGCCAGGCAGUUGACGGCUGGGCAGAAGUGCCUUCCAACCCGGGAGCUGCUGGCGACGCUGGUUCUGGCAAGCCGCACGCAUGCCUUCACGAAGGCGCGCUUGAUCUUCGACCUCUGCGAUUUCAGUGGCGAGGGCCGCCUACAGCUGGAGCACUUCUUCCAGGCGGUGUCAUCUUUUCUGGCGGCAGCCGUGCGCCUGGGCAGCGGCAUUCGCCGCCCGGUGCUUCCGAGGAAGCACGUCUUGGACUCCCUGGCGUUCGGCCUCUUCCGCGCCUAUGACUCCGAAAUGUCCAAGGACGACUUCAUGAAGAUGGUCAAGUCUCAGGAUCACGUGGGGCGACUGCUGCGCCGUUUCGCGCGCGGCGCGUACGACGAAGCCUUUCGCAUACCUUCCUGGAAGGAGCUUGCGGAAAGUAAGACGCCUGGAUCCCAAGAGUCCGAGGACGCUGCCAAUUUGCGACGCGAGCCCAGCAGACUUCCCCAGGGCGAUCUGCUGGAUGCCCCACUGCCACGGCGGCGGGGCUACUUCCUGGCUGUGCAAUCUUCCCGCGAGGUGGCUCUCCACAAUGAGCUGGAGACCAUCCAACGUGAGCGGGCCAGCGCCGAGAAGACGCUGCACAGCGCCAUCGACCUGGAGAUGCGCGAGCGCGCGAUCAGGGAAGAGCUGGUCACGGAAUGUGCUGACGAGGUGGCCCGGCGGGAGUACCGCCGGCGGUUGCAGAAGCUCUGGCACCGCUCCAGGCCCAAGUCUGCCAGCUGCACCCGGGACAAGCGCGGGGUGGUGGGCCGUCGCCUCUGGACGGCCAGCUCCUCCCACGUGGCCCGGGGGGGCGUGCUGCCCGCUGGCGUGCCCAGGCCCCUGACCCCCUCGUGGGUGCAGGCGGCCGUGAACUCCGUGGUGUCCAGCUCCACUGCACCGAGCCGCACCAUUGAGGACCGGGUGCGCCAGGAGUUCAGCUCGCAGGAUGAUGGCUCGAUUUCGGCCCAUGAGGCCCGGCGAAUAAGUACCGGCACCACGAUCCGAUCCUGUCGCGCCUCCCUCGUCAGCCCCGACGGAGAUGAAGCAUCUUUGGCAUCCGACACCCUCGAGGGGGGUGAGCAAGGGCGCCUCUUUCGGAAGGCCGACGUCCUCUUGGCUUUCGACCUCUACCGCGACGAGUACUGGCUCAGGGAGGGCGGGGGUAUGCGCUCGCUGCUUCAGGCUGGAAUGCCGCUUCAUCCGCCCCGAGAGAUGACUAAGAUGGAAGCGGCAGAUCGCCGGAAGGGCGAGAUCGAGCUGAUGCUGAAAGAGAUCUCAGAGGAGAAGCCUGCUGCCUUGACUCCCACGGCAUCCGUAGAGCUCACUUUGCGAGGCUUUCUGCAGGCAGUGUUCCCUUUUGCAAAGAAGACCGAUAUCAGAACGAUGCUGCGUUGGAUCAAGCACCCGCCCUCCGAUGACAAAGUCAAGACGCGGCAUGGGACGUCAGUCAAACCCGACUUCGGGUUGCUGCGGGACUUGAUUGACCUCUUUGAUGCCAUCGACACUGCAAGGACUCACUCCGUUCCUGUCGAGGCCGUUGAGCAGUUCCUCUCAGGGGAGAUCAUCACGCAGGGCGAGACAGCCAGACUGAGGCAGCGAAGGCAGGCGAGGACCGACCUGCGCAGCGUCACCAACGCCGCGUGCUACGCGCACAACCCGCGCGUGGCGCUGAUCCUCAACCGGAUGCUGGAGGACAGAGCGGACUGGCAGGUGACGAUACCAAGCCACCAGGAUCACAGAGGAAAGAGGCACACCGUGUCUGGUCAUGGGUGGAGAUCUUUGGAGCAUAAGAUGGAGGCGCUGGCAGCCACCCUCGACGAAGAGCUCCACGCCCUCGCGCACGGCGAUGAAAACUUGCUCACCGAGAGCAUCGAGGCCGCCUGCAACCCCUGGCAUCACGACGACUACGUGUGGCGCGCGGAGACGGAGGAAGGCCAGACCGACCCGGGUGCGCCCAAGAAGGUUCGCCUGGUGCGCCUCUACUGGCGCUACAUGAUUGGCAGCGCCAUCGUCCAGCAACUGCGUGACGAGCCGUCGCGGCUGGCGCUCAAUGACGGAAAGUUGGAUCUUUUUGGCUUCAUGUGCGUGCUGGCCCAGGACCAGAUCAGGCUGAUCUUCCCACUUAACCGACACUCGGAUCUGCUGUUUGUUCUUUGGAAAGAAGAUGCCUGCGCGGUAUCCUUGUGGGCCCUGCAAGAAGCCAUGUACAUACAGCUCUUGAAGUGGAAGUACACAGACGUCGGCAACACGCCGGUUCGUAGAGGGGCGACUCACAUCUCACCAUCGGCGAUGUCGAAGAAAUGCGUACUUCAUUUGCUCGACACCGGCUUGCUGAGCGAGUACACAGGCACUUGCAAUGAGUACACUGGCUACGUGAAGAAGCCGGGCUUCUGCCGCAACAUCAAGGACAUGUUGACCUGCCGAGGUGCAGAGAAAGGCCGUCCGAGCCGCAAGGUGGGACAAAUGGGCACCUCCGUUCGAGACUACUCCACCGCCUUCCGCGAGUGGGGUGUACUCCAGCUGUACGUAGCAGUGAUCGUCGCCAUCCUGGUGGCCAUCAUCGACAUAAUUGCAAAUGAGGUCAACAUCGUCAAUGUCUUGGUGAACCUGUUUUUACAGAUCUGCGCCGCGUAUAUCUUCGCCCACCUGGGAUGGUUCGGUGUGACGCAGAAGGACGGCUGCUUCUGCUGCAUCAUCGCCUGCUGUGAGUGUCCGCCCAUCUUGCUGUUCUGGGGGAUCCUAAUGAUGUUUUGGGGGGUCGGCUCAGUCGGCGUUGCCUUCCAGGGCGUCGGAAAUUGCGCGAUUUGCGUCAUCAAGCCUUGCGUGCAAUUUAUCCACGCCGUCAUCCUUUUCUACAUGGGAUUCUGCUGCCUGAACAUCUGGAUCCAGCACGGCAAGGAGAUCCUCCCCCCCUCGGUGGACGUCACGGGACCGCAAGGGGAAGUGAUCGGCGCGGCUUAG